AGGUGUUUGUAAAACAGCCGCGCGUUCACACUUUUCUCUUCUUCCACAUCGCUGAGCAGAAACUGAAAGAAGCGCAGCUGAAGCCGACAGAACACUGGAAUAAUAAACCAGAGAACUCUCUUCUGAUCUCCUUCCUUCUCUGUCAAUGAAAAUGAGCAGCCGACGGCGACGAUGCAAACGACAGCUGAUCAAGUUCACUCAGCACAUUACUCGAUUAAUCACAGGAACUCUGAGCUCAGAUAAUGAGGACGAAGAACAAGAGAGCAUGACGGAGCGCUAUCACCCGGAAAAUCUGGAGCAGCUGCAGUCGCAGACCCACUUCUCCAGACAAGAGCUGCAGUUACUCUUCAGAGGAUUCAAGAACGAUUGUCCGAGUGGAGUUGUGAAUGAGGACACUUUUAAAAACAUCUAUGCCUUGUUCUUCCCACUAGGAGAUUCAUCAAAGUAUGCUCAGUUUCUUUUCAAUGCAUUUGAUAAAGAUAAGAACGGCUCUCUUAGUUUUGAGGAGUUAGUCUGUGAUCUUUCUGUUUUGUUGAGAGGCACUACUGAAGAGAAGCUGAACUGGGCUUUCAAUCUAUACGACAUCAACAGCGAUGGACAGAUCACUAAAGAGGAGAUGUUGGAUAUAUUGAAGUCUAUUUAUGAUCUGAUGGGGAAAUCUGUCCAUCCUCGACUGAAAGAGGAGGCAGUGAGGCAACACGUCAGAAUGUUCUUCCAAAAAAUGGACAUAAAUCAGGAUGGUGUAGUAACUAUUGAGGAAUUCAUGGACUGCUGCCAAAAAGAUGAGGAUAUAAUGCAGUCUCUUAAGAUUUUUGACAAUGCUGUUUAGAUGUUAGUCAGCAUAUAU